UCUCCUAGUCUCAGUCAUUAGUCCAGACAGGCGGAUCAGACACAGUACUACACAUUCAGCAGUGUGAGGUGAGCCGGGAGCUACCUGCCCUCCAUUUCUCUUCCACGUUGGAGCUUUCGGAGGUGUUAGCGGCUAAUUUAGCGUGCUUUCACUGUGUUUUCUUCCCAUGGAGGCUGCGGUGCUGAACCCCGCCAUAAUGCCGGAGGUGGACUGUAACAGCAACACUUUGAACGCGGAGCUGGAGGUGAAGAAGCUGCAGGAGCUGGUGAGGAAGCUGGAGCGGCAGAACGAGCAGCUGCGGACCCGGGCAGGAGGCUGCACCUCCGGGCCUCAUGUGGUCUCCCCGUCCCCGGCGUUCAAGAGCUACAGCCGGCCCACGCUGCUCUGUCAGCCGGCGUUGGGGUCUUUCGCGUCUGCGGAGGAGCCUUUCCACUAUUUCCACCCUCACACAGGCGGAGACGGAGCGGCUGCAGAGGACGAGGAUGAGGAGGAGGAGGAGGGAGAAUCCGAGCCGUCGGUUCUGGACGACCUGGAAGUUUUGGACCUGGACUCUCUGACCUGCUCGGACCAAUCUGAUGAAACAUGGUUGUACACGUCAUCAAAAGCUAAGGAGUCUUCAGACGACUCCAUCUCUCCUCUGCAGUGGUGCCGGAAAGCUCUGGACUGUCCCAAAUCAGAGGUGGAGGCUGCCAGGAGAUCAUUGUCCCUUCGACUGGAACAAGUCUCCAGGUGGCGUAGCUCCCUCUCCGGCCCCUCCCCCUCCUCCUCGUCCCCCGGCCCUCCUGUGACCCAGGUAGCCGGCGUCUCACCCAUCAACACUCCCCCUCCUGUCAAACCCUGUUCAACCCCACAGUUGAUGGACAGACACGCUUUGCCCCUCUCCUCCCCACUCCACCCAGUCCUCCAUCGCACCCUGAGCCCUGUAGGGAAGGAUCUCUCCCCCGUAGCUGAGCGGACUCCCACCUUCCUCCCCCACAGCCGCAGUCGCAGCCUCCGACGCUUGGCAUUCAGCCCUCAGUCAUCCAUGGACAGCGACCUCGGCGUCUCAGAGGUGGAGGAUGACUCCAUCGCUCUGGGUUACAAACUGCAGGACCUCACUGACGUCCAGGUCAUGGCCCGACUGCAGGAGGAGAGUCUAAGACAGGACCUCGCCAGCACGUCGAGCGUCCUCGCCAGCCGCCGCAGCCAGAGCUUCACCUUCCAGCUCAGCCAGCUCAGCGCCGGGCCCGACCUGGAGGAGGAAGACGAGGAGGACGACGAAGACUACGGCCUCCUUCCGCCGCCGCAGCCGCGCCUCACCCGCCUGCCGCACUCCCACACUUUCUCCAGCAUCCGAGACUGGCGAAGAAGCACAAGUUCCCUGUGCACCCCUCCUUCCACCCCCUCCACCCCCCCCUACCCUUCCGCUGGGUUCGCCCUUCCAGCUCAGCCCCAAACGCAGGGGUCGCAGGGACUCGGACUGGGACUGGGCAGCCUGUGUAUGGCCGAGUCACAGGGCUUCAGACCAGGAUCAGCCGAAUAUGAGAAUAAGCUGCGGAGGAGCAUGCCUAACCUUGUCAGAACUCCUAGCAUGCCGAGUGUGCCCAUUCCAACCAAUCCUAGUGCUUCCCCUUCUUUGCUUCGUAACAGCCAGAGUUUUGAUUCGUCCAGUGGGCUGGCUCGACUGCAGUCCUCCAUCCCCUCCCCAGGCCAACUCCAGAACAGGGUCCAGAGCGUCGGUAACUUCACCUCGUUGUCACGGCAGCCGCUGAAAGCCACCGCCUACGUCAGCCCCACUAUUAAAGGCUCCACAACCAUGCCAACCUCCACCAGCCUCCAGUCUCUGAACACGAGCGUAGGGGCCAACAGCGGGAUCCCAAUGCUAAAUAAACAAUCAAUCCCCAAUUCGACACCGACCACGCCCCGCAGCAGCCUGCCUCGCCCCGCAUCCUUCAUUGGUACUCCGAUCUCCACUCCACGCAGCAAGAUGGCCCAACCAGCACGAAGCAGUUUACUGACCCCUCCAAAGAGCCUGUCAACCCUCAGUGCCCUCCGUGACGGCGCCUGGAGAGACGGCUGCUACUGACGAGACAGUGCAGGAGGUGCGGUGUCACCCCGCUGGCUGGGGUAGCUCACUUCACCUGGAAGUGGAAAUUUUUCCUGGAGAACCAAAAAGUUGACCUUAAAUCUGCAUAGAAGCAUCCUAAAGGGGAGGGGCCGCUCUGAUCUCCGUCUAUGCAGACUUUCUUCGGGGAAGGCGGGUUGUUUUUAAUCGGUCCGUGCCAAGGGGGAAUAGUUCCCCGCCGCUCUUGUGCAAUAAGCCGCUAACUUUACGGCUACAGUAACCUGCUAAAGAGGGCUGCCAGUUUUUAUGAGCCUCAACACUGUCAUUAUUUAUUUAUUUAUAUUUGUAUUUAUUUAGAAUAAAGGUUUUGACUAAUCAGGUGUUUUUCCCUCCGCGAACGAUGCUGCUAAAACGUAAUCAGUCCCUGCGAGUUUGGGCACAUUUGGUUGAAUUUUUACAACAUUAAUGUGUGAUCUAAGCUAACUAUUAAUGUGCUUCUAUCUAUUUAUUAAUGCAAUAUUACAGACUUUUAAAUGUGACCAAAAGGAACAUGUCUGAAUGUGUUUACAGAAUCGUCUCACCAUGGCAUCAAAAAAUUUGUGCGUACUAACACUUUAAAACGACCUGUUCUUGUUGCACUUUGUAUAAAAUUUACUGAUACUUUUUGUUUGGUUUAUAAAUGUUUGCACUUCUUUUACUUUUCUGGAUUUAGGGAAUUAAACUGUUAAUUAUGUCAAUGUUUUGGGCAGAUUUCACCAAGAUACACGGCGUUAAUGUAGCACUUUGUUUGUUGUAUGUGAAUUUGUUUUUAAAUGAGCGUUAUGAUUGCACAUUUCACAAAAUGUUGACAAUUUUGUUACUGUGACAGAGUGAAUGAGUGAAAAUUUUAAUAAAACACACUGAAAUUAAA